UUUUUUUUCCUUCGUUUUUAGUCAGACUCAGAUUGACUCCCAUCUCCACCCUCCUCGCGCGCCGCGGCCAUGACGUCCACCGCCGUCAAGCUCAUCGACAUCGCAGUCAACUUCACCGAUGGCAUGUUCAAGGGCAUCUACCACGGCAAGAAGUGCCACGCCGCUGAUAUCCCGGCCGUACUUGCGCGCGCGUGGGCCGCCGGCGUCGACCGCAUCAUUGUCACCGGAGGGUCUCUGAAGGAGUCCAGGGAGGCACUGGAGAUCGCCGAGACCGACGGGAGGCUGUUCUGCACGGUCGGCGUGCACCCAACGAGAUGUGGGGAGUUUGAGGAGAGUGGAGACCCGGAGGGGCAUUUUCAGGCACUGCUGGCUCUAGCCAAGGAGGGCAUAGAGAAAGGCAAGGUUGUAGCUGUUGGUGAAUGUGGUUUGGAUUAUGAUAGGCUUCACUUCUGUCCGGCAGAUGUACAAAAGAAGUACUUCGAGAAACAGUUCGAGUUGGCUGAAGCAGUAAAACUACCAAUGUUUCUUCACAUGCGAGCUGCUGGUGAAGACUUCUGUGAAAUCAUGUCAAGAAAUUUGUACAGAUUCCCUGGUGGGGUUACACACUCCUUCACUGACUCAGCAGAAGAUCGUGACAGGCUCCUUUCUUUUGAGAAGAUAUUUAUAGGUGUUAAUGGCUGCUCUCUGAAAACUAAUGAAAAUCUUGAAGUUCUUCGGGGCAUUCCUGUUGAGAGGUUGAUGAUAGAGACAGAUUCUCCAUAUUGCGACAUAAGAAAUACUCAUGCUGGAAGCCAGUAUGUAAAAUCGGUCUGGCCAUCCAAGAAGAAAGAAAAGUAUGAGCAAGAUUCAAUUGUAAAAGGCCGUAAUGAGCCUUGUUUAGUCAGGCAAGUUCUUGAAGUGGUGGCUGGAUGCAAAGGAAUCACAGACAUAGAAGGCUUAAGUAAAACUCUGUACCACAACACUUGCAGACUUUUCUUUCCGCAAGACCUUGAUGCAUCUGCAGAAGCACAGCUUGAGAGUGGCACUACUGUCCAGGAUAGCUGAUCGUGCAGAGUGAAUGGCUUUUGAAAAAAUUUCAUGUGUUUGUUGCUUGGCUUCAUGUUCCAACUUCCAAUAUGGCUAUGAAAUAUGCUUUGGUUUGCCAUACUUUUGUCCUUAAAUUGCCGUGUGCUGUGAACCUCUGAACUGUUAGGCGCAUCCUGACUGUAUGUACACCCUAACGGGGUAUAUGACCUGAAUUCA